UCCGCUUCCGGCCCGCUCUCAGACGACGUUCCUUCUCCGUCAGGGGGACUCUGCGGCGCGGCCUUCGGUGGCUGGGCGGGCGGGCGAGGAGGCCGAGAGUUAUUUGAGAAUGGCCCUUUCCAAGCGGGAGCUGGAUGAGCUGAAGCCAUGGGUGGAGAAGACGGUGAAGCGCGUCCUGGGCUUCUCAGAACCCACGGUCGUCACUGCUGCGUUGAACUGUGUUGGGAAGGGGAUGGAUAAAAAGAAGGCGGCCGAUCACCUCAAGCCCUUCUUGGAUGACUCCACCUUGCGGUUUGUGGACAAGCUCUUUGAAGCCGUCGAGGAAGGCCGGAGCUCCCGGCACUCCAAGUCCAACAGCGACCGGAACCGAAAGAGGGAGUUGAAGGAUGUGUUUGGUGACGACUCUGAAAUUUCGAAGGAAUCCUCAGGGGUCAAGAAACGGCGUAUCCCGCGCUUUGAAGAAGUCGAGGAAGAACCGGAGGUCAUCCCUGGCCCGCCGACCGAAAGUCCAGGGAUGCUGACUAAGCUGCAGAUCAAGCAAAUGAUGGAAGCAGCAACGCGGCAGAUUGAGGAGCGGAAGAAACAGCUGAGCUUCAUCAGUCCUCCUGCCCCCCAGCCGAAAGCUCCGGCGGCCUCCCAGCCCGAGCGCCUGCCCAUUGGCAACACCAUCCAGCCCUCGCAAGCAGCCACCUUCAUGAACGACGCCAUCGAGAAAGCCAGGAAGGCGGCUGAAUUGCAGGCCCGGAUCCAGGCCCAGCUGGCCUUGAAACCCGGGCUCAUCGGCAACACCAACAUGGUGGGCCUGGCCAACCUGCACGCCAUGGGCAUCGCCCCACCGCCCAGGAAAGUGGAGCUCAAGGACCAGACCAAGCCGUCCCCCCUGAUCUUGGAUGAGCAGGGCCGCACCGUGGACGCCACGGGCAAGGAGAUCGAGCUGACCCACCGCAUGCCCACCCUCAAGGCCAACAUCCGGGCGGUCAAGAGGGAGCAGUUCAAGCAGCAGCUGAAGGAGAAGCCGUCCGAGGACAUGGAGUCCAACACGUACUUCGACUCCCGCGUCUUCAUCACGCCCGCCCAGCGGCCAAAGCGGACCUUCAAGUUCCACGAGAAGGGCAAGUUCGAAAAGAUCGCCCAGAGGUUGCGAACGAAGGCUCAGCUGGAGAAACUCCAGGCCGAGAUCUCUCAAGCGGCCAAGAAGACUGGCAUUCACACCUCCACCAAACUGGCCCUGAUUACUCCCAAGAAGGAGCUGAAGGAGGGCGAAGUCCCCGAGGUGGAAUGGUGGGACUCCUACAUCAUCCCCAACGGCCUAGACAUAAAAGAAGCAGAUUCGUUUAAAAGAGAGGACUAUUUUGGCAUCACAAACCUAGUGGAGCACCCGGCUCAGUUAAAUCCUCCAGUGGACAGCGACACACCAGUCACCUUGGGAGUGUAUCUCACCAAAAAAGAGCAGAAGAAAUUACGGCGUCAGACCCGGCGGGAAGCCCAGAAGGAGCUGCAGGAGAAAGUGAGGCUGGGCCUCAUGCCCCCUCCGGAACCAAAAGUGCGGAUCUCAAACCUGAUGCGCGUUCUGGGGACGGAAGCGGUCCAGGACCCGACCAAAGUGGAAGCCCACGUCCGAGCCCAGAUGGCAAAGAGGCAGAAAGCUCACGAAGAGGCCAACGCAGCACGGAAACUGACUGUCGCCCAGAGGAAAGCCAAGCAGGUGAAAAGGCUGAAGGAAGAUAUCUCUCAGGGAGUUCACAUAUCUGUCUACAGGGUCCGAAACCUAAGCAAUCCUGCCAAGAAGUUCAAGAUCGAAGCCAAUGCCGGACAGCUGUACCUCACAGGUGUCGUCAUUUUGCACAAAGAUGUUAACGUGGUGGUGGUAGAAGGAGGCCCCAAAGCACAGAAGAAAUUCAAACGGCUUAUGCUACAUCGAAUAAAAUGGGAUGAGCAGACAUCAAAUACAAAGGGAGAUGAUGAUGAUGAAUCUGACGAGGAGUCUGUGAAAAAGACGAACAAAUGUUCUCUCGUUUGGGAGGGUACAGCAAAGGAGCGCAGUUUCGGCGACAUGAAAUUCAAGCAGUGCCCCACCGAAAACAUGGCCCGAGAACACUUUAAAAAACACGGUGCGGAGCACUACUGGGACCUGGCUCUGAGCGAGUCGGUGUUGGAAUCCACAGACUGAAGACUCCCUACCCGCGAACCCAUUUCAGCAUUUUUGCCGUGUUUUAACGUUGUGAGCAAGAACGUGGCUGAAACCUCGGAUGAGCCCCCCCCCCCAACCCCUCUCGAGUUCCUCACCAUAAGAUGCACACAAUUAAAAGAAAUAUUUGUCAUAGGUGAAAGCCACACGCGCAUAAAAAAACACCCCUCGGGCCUUUUUGGACUCAACCACUCUGUGGAUCUCGAUGUGUGUGUGCAACUGCUAUCCUGCUCUCUGGACAGAAUUCGGUUUCGAGGCCCUGGAAAGCAGAGACCUAUUUUCCAGUUGUGCCUUGUUUCCUUUUCCGGCUCCGCGGGUCACUAACGAAAGGCAGCCCCCAUUGGCUGUCCUCCCAGGUUCCGUAAAUGGGGAUUGGACACGAGGCAAGCACGCAAGGGGAGAGGGGAGGACACUGGAGGCGGGCGGAGCUGCGGGCUCGGGCGGGCGGGAGGCAGCAGCUCCCGGCAUGGGAAAUGUACAGUGGAAUAGGAGCUGGGGAUUUAGCCCGCAUCCUACAUUUACAGAAUAAACUUUUUUUUGUAAGAAGUCACAAA